AUUUUUUUUGAGACAUAUUUUAGACAUUUUAGUUAGAGUAAAAAUACGGAGUAUUGCUCCACCAAAUUAGAUGUUAACUUUUGGAACUAGGCGGAGAGUCUGAAAUAAGCUAGUCAGGCCGAAGAGCGAGAGACUUGAAAUGGCGAUAUACGAAAAAGAGGAGAUCGAAAUAGGAUUCUUUAAUUUUCAAGUGAGCCGGGAGAAAAGUGCAUCCUAAUGGGAGGAUCUCACACUUCCAGAAUAGAUAUUGUCACCAUCGCAAGCUUUGUUUUGGGAAUCGUGGUAAUUGUGACUGCCACAUUUUCAGUUGGCUAUCAUUCAAAAAGGUUUGAGUUCAGGAGGGAACACGAAGAGCAUCAAGAUGCACAUGAUGUUCCAUACAACUAUGGAUUCUUUCACUUCGUCUUUGCCGUAGGAACUAUGUAUUUUGCAUUACUCCUAAAUGGUUGGAACGCCGGCCACCCUAUGAGAAAGUUUACCAUUGAUGUGGGGUGGGUAGGCACUUGGGCAAGGAUAGUAAACGAGCUUGCAGCAGCUCUUGUUUACAUGUGGUUGCGUUUCUCGGACUCAAAAGGUGCAUCCCGCGGGGGCCUCACAGCCUGACCCGAAAGGUUAUAAAAAAGUAAAUCGCGAUUUAAUCUGGCUGAGAUCUCUAGAGAAGUUGUCCCUUGAAGAGCCAUCAUUUUAUAUGAAACUCAAACACAAUGUGUUGACCCUAUUAACAAUUUCUUACGGAGUAUGUGUUGUCUACAUAAUUAAUUAUAGUACCUUUU